AUGCCUCACUCGAUGGCCGAUGCUAUUGGGUCCAACAGCAAGAGCCCCGGAGGGCUGAUCAGAAGGCUAUCGAGAGGAGCGCAUCAGAAGCUUCGCCGGAGAGCAUCGCAACAGCAGUCACUACGUCUACGAGAUCAAAGUGCUGGCCCGGUGUUGGUCCGGCGGCGGAGCGAUAGCAACGCCGCUUCCGAUCGCGCCCCUGAUGUUUCCGACCUGGAAUUGGAGCCGUCGGAAAAUGGCACGCAAGACGACUCACCUCACCCACCCACCGCGCGCGACAUACAGAAUGGGCUUGGUAUCAACCUCAGUCGACCCAGCAAUGCCUCGAGCUACUUCGAAGGAGGUAUUGCGCCGGCCAUAUCGGCAAUUCUUCAGACUGGCACGCUCGUCACUAAGCACACCAGCAAGCACAAAAAGAAUAAGCGCAUCCGACUAUGGCUGGACCCCAACUCUGCUCGCGUCUGCUGGUCUCUUACCAACUCUGGCAAAUCCUUCUUCAUCGAUGACGUUCGCGAGGUCCGCGUCGGCGCGGAGUCUAGAAAUGCUCGAGAUGACGUUCAGAUCGCCGAUGAGGAUGAGGGACGAUGGAUGACUGUGGUCUACGAGCCUCCCGAAAGGUCCAAAGGCCGCACGAUCAAGACGAUGCACUUGGUAUUCGAUUCCGUUGUUAUCGUCGGCUACUGGACCGAUGCUCUGGGCUCGGUGGCGCGAGAGCGGACGGAGAUUAUGAACGCCUUGUCCACUAGGACGGAGAAGAGUGAACGAAGCAUGGCCAUGGUGUGGAGGAGAGCCAUGGGUCGCAAAUCCUCUGACGAUGACCAUUCCUUCACUCUCGACGAUGCACGCUGGUUCUGCCGCAAGUUGGAGAUCAAUUGUAGCGAUUCCGCGGUGCGAACGCACUUCACCCUGGCGGACACUGGGUACACUGGAAAGCUGGACUACACACGCUACCAGAUCUUCGUCCGAUCUUUCAUGGAACGCAAGGAUAUCCAGAACUUGUAUCGCAACAUCAAUUUUGGAACGGAUCUUGAUCUGGGACUGGAAGCUUUCCUCGACUUCCUCAGAGAUGAUCAAGGCGUGGACGUGGAGAAGGAACGUUCGCAUUGGGAGGGCGUCUUUGAGAAGUUCGCCAAGCCAUCGCAAAACCGAGCUGCAUUGCCAACUGCUGAGCCGGUAGGGCGACAGCUUGCGCUCAACCAGCAAUCUUUCCGAAGCUUCUUAACAUCCGCAUACAACUCACCUCUGCUACCGAGCAAAGGCGAGGGGACUCUGGACCGCCCUCUCAACGAGUACUUCAUCUCCAGCUCCCACAACACCUACCUUCUCGGCCGUCAGGUCUACGGCGCAUCUAGCGUCGAGGGCUACAUCUCCGCUCUGAUCAAGGGCUGUCGAUGCAUCGAGAUUGAUUGCUGGGACGGGGAGAACGGUCGACCGAUGGUGACGCACGGAAGGACGAUGACGACAAAGGUUCCCUUUGAAGACUGUGUCUCUACGAUCGCGAAAUAUGCCUUCCACAGCUCGCCCUACCCGCUGAUUGUGUCUCUUGAGGUGCACUGUAACGCGGAACAGCAAAAGACCAUGGUUGAUCAUAUGCUCAAAUAUUGGAAGACGAUGCUGGUCACGGAAGCACUGUCUGCCAACACGCAGAUUCUGCCGACGCCUGAAGAGCUGAAGAGCAGGAUCCUGCUGAAAGUCAAGGCUGCUGGCGCAGAAGAGCCGGAGCCGUUUCAGUUCCCUCUAGACGGGUCGAAUGGCCGCAGCCGUGCGCGUAGCCUUGGUUCUACGAUUGUGAGGACCCCGUCAAUCGACAAACGCGCCUUUACCUACAGCCCGCUCGUGAUCAGCCCCGUGACAACAAGUCCAUCGGAUACGACUGUGGGGACAAUGUCCACACCGAGAGGAUCCAUCACAUCAGGACCGACUGUUUCUCCCAGCAGCUCUGCGGAAGACAGCGACACCUCUCAGACGCCUCUUGAGAAGACGCGGAAGCGGAAAUCCAGCAAGAUCAUCCCGGAGCUCGGCAGACUCGGGGUUUACGCGCAGGGCAUCAAGUUCCCCGGCUUCAACGAGCCUGGCGCGAAGUCGUUCAAUCACAUCUUCUCCUUCAACGAAAACACCUUUGGCCGUCUUUGCACGAAACAAACGGAGACAAAGGGUUUGUUGGAGAAGCACAAUGUGCACUAUCUCAUGCGCGUGUAUCCCAAAGCGGGCCGCAUUGAUUCGUCCAAUUUCAAUCCCCUGGAAGCAUGGCGACGUGGGGUGCAGAUGGCCGCGCUCAACUGGCAGACGUAUGACGUGCAUCAGCAGGUCAACGAAGCCAUGUUUGCCGCCGGCUCGGAUCGCGUGGGAUAUGUGUUGAAGCCGGAGGAGCUGCGGCAUUCGAAGCACAUUCCGAUCCUCGAUGCGGGAGAGAAGAAGGAGAAGAAGGACAAGAAAUUUGUCAAGUUUACCGUUGACAUCAUCUCUGCGCAACGCCUGCCGCGCCCACUCCGACAAAUCACGGAAAGCGGCAUGAAUCCCUACAUCGAGUUUGAGAUGUAUUGCGCCGAUGACAAGGCGCCCGGCGGUGCUCGCGGCGAAGGUGGAACGGAUGCCUCGGCGCCCAACGGAUACUCUGGCAUCGGCUCGCCGCUGCGCAAACGCACCAAAGUCAUCGAGGGCAACGGCUUCGAUCCGAUUUGGAACCAGCCUCUCACCGUGUCUUUGGUGACGAAACACACAAGUUUGAUCUUCGUCCGCUGGACCGUGUGGAGCUCGCCAGAGGCCCGUCCAACCUCCUCCAACAACGUCCUCCUCGCCACAUUCACCGCCAAACUCGACAGUCUCCAGCAAGGAUACCGCCACCUACCGCUCUUCAACCCGCAAGGCGAACAAUACCGCGACGCGAAACUCUUUGUCAAAAUUCGCAAGGAAAACGCCUUCCCCAUUCAACUCGGAGCACUCCGCUUCUCCGCGGAUCGAAGCCGCACGCCCCGAGCGCAACUGGAGGUCGCGAGUCUUCAGUCGCAACCCCAGCCAGCGCAGACUGGCGGAGCAGCAGUCGUCUUCGCUCUCGGAGGACCCGAACGCGCCGGGCUUCAGUCGGACGUCGAGCAUUGA